CCAUGAAUAUGCUUUUGAGAAGUUUUACAUGGUCAACAUGGGUGAUAAUUACCUAGAGAAUAAAAAUGCAUUUGGGUCAUGGUUAGAUGAUAUCAACUACAUAUUUGGUUCACAAGAUGGAACUGUUCUUGUCAUGAAGGAUGCUAGAGUUAAUAUGAAUCGAAUUUUUCUCGAUUCGAAUGACUAUAACUAUUCAGCACCUGAAGAAUUAUAUUGGUCUGCAAGAACAAUGAGUAGUAGCAAUGGUGAUUCCAACAUAAGGUACAAUUUAACAUGGUCAUUUCGUGUUGAUUCUGGAUUCAAGUAUCUUGUUAGGCUUCAUUUCUGUGAGAUAUUGAUGUCGGUAACAGAUAUUAAUCAGAGGGUUUUUGAUGUUUAUAUAAACAACCAAACAGCAGAGGAGAAAUUGGAUUUAGUUGCUUUGGCUGGUGAACCUUUUACUCCUUUGUAUAGAGACUAUGUUGUAAUGGUUCCUAUAGAGACCAUGUUGAUAUCACUUCAUCCCAAUUUGGAGUCGAAACCAAAGUAUGCUGAUGCUAUAUUGAAUGGUGUUGAGAUUAUCAAGUUAAGUGAUAGCAAUUAUAAUCUUGCUGCAAGUUUCCAAUUGAAGAAUGAAAAACUACACAAUAAGAAGAAAUUCCCAAUUUUUGUUGUUGUUGUAGCUAGUACUUUAGGUUCCACUUUGGGACUUUUCAUAACAUUUUUCAUUCUUAGAAGAAAAGGGUGGACAAAAAUAAAUAGGGGAACUUUGAAUUCUACCGAAAAAGGUGAAGAAAAGAUUCAAGUAAAGGUGAUAUCAGGUAAUUGUUAUCAAUUCACUUUAGCAGAGAUUAUUUCAGCAACAAAUAACUUCAAUGAUGAUCUAGUCAUUGGUGAAGGUGGUUUUGGAAAGGUAUACAAAGGAAUCAUCAUGCUUGAUGAAGAGACUCGUGUGGCGAUAAAGCGUGCUAAACCGAGUUCUCGGCAAGGACUUAAGGAAUUUCAAAAUGAGAUCAAUUUUCAUUCAUUUUAUCACAUGAAUUUAGUGUCAUUGUUGGGCUAUUGCCAAGAGAGCAUUGAACUUAUACUUGUGUAUGAAUACAUGGAUCAAGGUCCACUUUGUGAUCAUUUAUACAAGAAACAGAAGCAACCACUUCCAUGGAAUAAAAGACUAGAGAUUUGUGUUGGUGCAGCUAGAGGAAUCCAUUACCUUCAUACAGGUAGAAAGAAUCCGGUGAUUCACCGCGAUAUAAAGUCGUCGAACAUAUUAUUGGAUCAGAAUUUGGUACCAAAGAUUGCAGAUUUUGGGUUGUCUAGAAUGGUUAAUUCUAUUUACCACACUCAUGUUAGCACUCAGGUUAAAGGUACAUUUGGAUAUUUAGACCCUGAGUACUAUAAGAGAAGAAAAGUAAGUGAAAAAAGUGAUGUUUAUUCAUUUGGGGUGGUUUUGUUUGAAGUAUUGAGUGGAAGACCAGCUGUGAAUUCUAUGGCAGUGGAAGAGGAAAAUGAGAAAGUUGGUUUGGUAGAAUGGGCCAUGAGUUGUUACCAAAGUGGAACUAUUGAUAAAUUGGUUGAUUCUUGUUUAGAAGGAAAAAUAGGUCAAGAAUGCUUAAUGGCCUUUGUGGAAAUUGGUGUUAAGUGCUUGGCUAACAAGAGUUCAGAAAGGCCAACUAUGGGAGAGGUGGUAAGUAAUUUGGAGAAAAUUCUUUCCUUGCAAAAGAGUUUGGAGGGACAAGAUGUCAAUACAGAUCAUAUUGAUAAGUAACAUCGACACUUCUAAUUAAAUGUGUGUUUGGUAUCUUACACAUGUUAAUGUUUGACACUAACACAAACAUUGUCACGUGUAACUAACUAAUGUAUUACAUGAGAUCAGACAACUUGAAUUGUCAAACAAGUCGGUUGUCGGGCAACCACACCUUGAUUCCCAAGCAAUGUAAAUUUUUUUUAUAUCGAAACAAAUUAUUAUAUUUCUCGUCAA